GAGAAUUAUCCCUGACGUUUGCUGUACAUGGACUUGAUUUCCUGAUUUGACACCAUCACAUGAAUAUUACUCCAAACAGAGAAUUUUGUGUAGAAAGCAAAGAGAGAAGAUGUGGGACAAGGAGAAAAGAUUCUUUGCACUUGUGACCGUCAUGGUGGUCUGCGGCACAGUGAGUGCAGUAAAACAGCUGAACAUGGCCCCGAAUGCUGUGGACGACCUCUACCAAGGAUGCAGGGAACAGGCAAUGGAGGAAUUGAUCCACUCAGACGUACUGGGACAAGAGCUGAGUGGUGAUGACGGCUUCCAGACAGCAUGGAAUGACAAAUGUCCCACGCUUCUCCCGGGAGGUGUAAAGGAACAUACCGCAGCUCUUUUGGCCUACGCUAGUGGAAAUGCAUUCUUAAAGGUCUUCAACGAUGCAGUGGAGACCAUGGGAGUGAACGUCAGCAUCUACAAGCAUGAUUUCCACUUUAAGUCCCUGCACUUCCUGCUCAUGGACAUCAUGAAGCUGGUGCAGCCAGCCACGUGUAAAAAUGUCUACCGGGUGACAAGCGGUAACUACAUAGCGGAGAAGGGCUCAAAGGUGAGAUUCGGUAGAUUCACCACAGCUCAUUUGGAUUUAUCGGUGAAGGAGGACGUGGAGGAAGGGGUGUAUUUCAACAUCACCACAUGCUUCUUUGUUAGCCUGGAGGGCUUUUGCGGCUUAGUGGAGGACAUUGCCAUCUUGUCCCCCACAGAGGAGUUCACUGUGGUGGAUGUCAAGCAAGUGGACGACUACAGGGAGAUCAUUCUGACACAUUCCAAACUGGAGGCUUUCCACAACUGUUACAGUUUUCCACAGCCGACUACAGCCCCAGCUGGUGGAAGGGCCCCAGCUGGUAACAGCACCCCCCUGUGGCUGGUUUUGGUACUCGUGACUUGGGUGCUUUUUUCUUGAAACUGCUGAGACCCAACAACAAUCUGCAUUCUCACUUGGUGUCAACACAGUUGCUUUAAUUGACAGUAUGCAUUGAUGUAUGUCAAAUGUCAUGCAAAUUACUCACAUUUCCUUUUGUGUAUCAUAAUGGUUUGUUGUAUUACUACAUAAAAUGAGAUACUGUCUUUUUCAAGCUUUAACCUGAAAGUGCUUAUAAAAUUCAACUAACUGUAAAUAAAGAUGAUGAUG